AAGAAGCGACCCUAUCCUUCGAUUGUUCCUCGCUCUAUCGAUUCGAAAGGGGUUAGAUUUGAAACCCUAAUCUUUUUACUUUUAGAUUAUUAAAAGAAAAGAAACUAUAUUUUUGAAUUUUUUCCUUUGUUGAAUUCUUGGUUGCAUUGGUUAAUCGGCACGUGGAGGCCGCGCGUGAUCGAUUUCAUGUUUUUAGUUUUCGGGUCCCAAUUGGGAAACCCUCGCCGGAACCCUACCGGCUCUCGGGAAUUUAAUGGCGUUGGCAGUGUUGGCGAAUCGAAGUGAGUCAAAUUGGCCACCACAGCCGAAGAACAGUGUUGUCGAUUUCAUGGGCAAAGCUCCCUUUACAGCGAAAAAACCAAACCCUAACCCUAAAUUCAACAAGAAACGUCAUAUCUACCGUCAAUUCGCGCAACUUGAUGACGUUGGAGGCCAUGUCGUUGAUGAUCCCCCUGCCGUGACUCAAUCCGCGGCUUCUGAUGAUGCGUCGUCGAUUAAUCGGAAAAUAAACGAUUUCAGCUCCGGCGCUUAUGUUAGCUUCCCCAUCAGCUCAUUUACGAGGAAGGAGUUGAUUGAUCUGAAGAAUCGGUUGAUUUCCGAGUUGGAGCAGAUUCGUGAAUUUAAGAAUCGAAUCCAAUCAAAUGAUUUUCACGCUAGAUUCAGCUCCACGAAGAAACCCUUGCCCAAAAAGAACAUUUCUGGCAACAAACGGCCUUUGCCCCCAAAUUUCAGCAAAGAAUUGAAGAGAUUGAACCCUCAAGAGAACGGGAAAGCUUCUAGGGCUCAUUUGAUGAAGAAUUGUUCUCAAAUCUUGAGCAAAUUGAUGAAGCACAAGCAUGGGCAUAUCUUCAAUUCACCGGUGGAUGUCGUUGGGUUGGGGCUUCAUGAUUAUUAUGCUAUAAUCAAGAACCCCAUGGAUCUGGGCACUGUUAAAUCGAGGCUCGCGAAGAACUUUUAUGGGUCUCCAUUGGAUUUCGCAGCUGAUGUAAGGCUGACUUUCAAUAAUGCCAUGUUGUAUAAUCCAAAAGGGCAUGAGGUUUAUGCGUUGGCUGAGCAGCUUCUUGCGAGAUUCGAGGAAUUGUUCCGCCCUUUGGGUUUGAAAUUGGAAGAGCAAGAAGAUCCACAAGAAAUGAAUUAUUACGAGGAAGAGUUGCAAGCAAGUUCUUGGGAUCACGGGGAAGCUGAGAGAAUGAAGAAAGAUUGGGAAAUUGAUAAGGAAGAUUCCAUUAACAUUGCGUCAAGAUCUGAUAAAAUUGGAGGGGUUUCGGGCUUCGUUUCGAACCAGAAUGCACCACCAUCGCAGAUGCAGUUGCAGCCACCAGAAAGGAUGGCUUCUCCGGUGAGGCCUCCACCGGUUAAGCCAGUGAAGCUGCCAAAGCCGAAAGCUAAGGAUCCAAACAAGAGGGAAAUGACAAUGGAGGAGAAGCAAAAGUUGGGGAUUGGAUUGCAGAGCUUACCACAGGAGAAGAUGGAUAAUGUUGUUCAUAUUAUAAGGAAAAGGAACGGGCAUUUGAGGCAAGAUGGGGAUGAGAUUGAGCUCGAUAUCGAGGCAAUGGAUACAGAGACACUGUGGGAGUUGGAUCGGUUUGUCACUAAUUAUAAGAAGAUGGUCAGCAAGAUCAAGCGACAAGCUUUGAUGGCAAACAAUGUUGCAUCUAAUGACAGCAAUAGGAGAGAAACAACUGUGGAGAAGAUGGAUGCUGCAAUGGAGAUGAAGAAGCCAAAGAAAGGUGAUGCCGGCGAUGAAGAUGUUGACAUCGGGGAUGAAAUGCCAAUGAGCAGUUUUCCACCUGUGGAGAUCGAGAAAGAUAAUGACCGUGCCAGUAGCAGUUCAAGCAGCUCCAGCAGUUCAAGCAGUGGUUCAUCGUCGUCAAGCGGUUCCGAUUCUGGGAGUUCUUCGGGGAGUGAUUCUGAUGCUGAUGAUGCUCGGUCAUAAAUGCACGAGUUACAUGUUUCGAAGCUUGACAGCUGAGAUUUUGAGGGGUAAUCCAAGUGGAGAUUAUAGAUGAGGUAGAUUUACUAACAUUGCUAACAAAUUAAAAAAGUUUAGAUGUGGAUUUUCAGUGUAUUAAAUGUUGAAUGUAUGAACCUUUUUUCUUCUUUUUAUCUUUUGUUGAUGUACAGGGUGGGUUGUUUUUUAAGUGUAUUGUGUGAGUUGUAAUGGUUGUUGCUCCCUUUAGAGGAAAGAAACUGAUGAAAAUGGAAAAUGGGGGUCAUCAUUGCUAGAGAAUGAAUGAUUGAAUUUGUGGGUUUUUUUGGCAAAAUCUAGUGAAAAAAUUUGGUAGAAGAAAGAUAUUUUUGUAGCUAAAAAUAUAGUUUGGGGGGGGGGGUUGGGAUUAUAAAGUACUUUGUAUGCUUAAAACCCCAAAACUUGAGAUCUUUCAGCAUCAAUAGAGAGGCAUUUACAAUUUUAAAUAUUUUGCUUCUUGAUUGAUUCUUUGGGUAGUAGUCAUGUGAUCUAUGACUAUGUCAAUCGGUUUAAAUGCAAUUGUUUUAUAGAUUUGAUGCUGGUUGUAUUUAACUUUAUUUCGACUCUUGGUUUUUCUUUUAAUCUUAAAAAACUUGGUGCUUGUGCAUAUUUGGAUGGUUGUAGGUAUAGGAUAAUGUAUUUGGAUACAUAAAAAUGUUUAGUAGGAAAUGGAUUUGUGCUUGUGUUGGACAUAGCCCUUGACUUUGCACAUGAAUCUGAGUAACGUGGAUUUUGCGUUUGAAUCCAAGUAGUCGAGAAUUAGGGUUUGAUCGAGUUGAAUUCAAGCAUCUUAGAGGACGGAAACCAGGGUUUGAUCUUCAAAGCUUGGUUUGAGUUGGGGUUUGGCUGGCUUGAAACUUUAUGACUGAAAGAGGUUGGAUUGAGUUGGAAUGAGUAGUAGCUUCAAUUCGGUUGGAGUAGUGAAAUUUAGGAUUCAAAGUUGGGUUUGAGGUGGAAUGAGGUUGUUGGAGUAUGUUUUCAUCUGCUUGCCUUUUUGCGCUUGAUUCGGAUUCUCAGCUGGCGAUGGGACAUUAUAUCUACAAGCCUAGUUUUUGUUUUGUAUAUAUAUGCAACUUUCCUAUGUUUUACUGGUAUGGAUUUUCAUUUUACAAAUGAUUUGGUCUUCUGGAUUCCAUCUAAUGGGAAUAUUUGCAAUAUUCAAUGAGUUUGUAUUAAUUCACUAGUCAAAUGUGAAGUAUUGGUAUUGUUUGAUUGUUGGUAAAA